AUGGCUAUGGCUGUUACUACUCAACUUAGAGUUUCCUAUCGAACAAACACACUUCCUCCUCGUAAAUCUUGUACUUCUACUCAUCAAUCAUGGAACUUAUCGCUACCAAAUUUAAAAUCUGGAAUCAGACAUAAUAGAUUAUCGAUCAUUUCCAUGGCUCUAAAUGAUAACAAGUUGGCAACUUUAGAGACUGAAGAUAAGUCCAAAAAUUUAGAUCAAUGCAAAAGAAGAAGCCAAGAGGCAUUGUUAAACUUGAGUGAUCCUAUUGAAACAAUGAAGAUGAUUGACUCAAUCCAAGGGCUAGGAAUUAGCCACCAUUUGAAAGAUGAGAUCAAUAUACAACUUGAGAGGAUAUGUGAUUGGGAUGCUUCUACAAACCUCUUUGCAACAUCACUUCAAUUUCGUUUACUUAGGCAUAAUGGUUGGCCUACAUCUUCUGACGUUUUCAACAAGUUUUUGGACAAGAGUGGCAAUUUCAAGGAGUCACUGACCAAAGACAUUUGGGGUAUGUUAAGCCUACAUGAGGCAUCAUAUUUAGGGACAGAAGAUGAACAAAUAUUAAAGAAAGCCAUGGAAUUUUCAAGGACUCGUCUAAAUGAGUCCAUCCUACACCUUAGUCCUGAAGAUGGUAAACACUUUUGUAGAGCCUUAACACUUCCAAAGCAUCUAAGAAUGGCAAGGUUAGAAGCUAGAAACUACAUGGAUGAAUAUAGGCAUGCAAGUAACCAAGUACCAACUCUUUUGGAAUUGGCAAAGUUAGACUCUGACAUGAUUCAGUCACUACAUCAAAGAGAAUUAGCAGAAAUAUGCAGGUGGUGGAAAGAGUUGGGACUUGUAGACAGUCUUGGUUUUGCAAGAGAUAGACCAACAGAGUGUUUUUUAUGGACAGUGGGGAUUUUUCCAGAACCGAGUCAUUCAAAUUGUCGCAUUGAACUUACCAAAACAAUAUGCAUUUUGCUAGUUAUGGAUGAUAUCUUCGACACUUAUGGAAGAUUUGAUGAACUUGUUCUUUUCACAAAGGCAAUCAAAAGGUGGGAUCUUGAUGCAGUAGAGGACCUUCCUGAAUACAUGAAGAUAUGUUACAUGGCAUUAUAUAACACCACUCAUGAAAUGGCAUAUAGAAUUCAGAAAGACCAUGGAUUAACCGCGGUUGCUUGCUUGAAAAGAACAUGGAUUGACAUAUUUGAAGCAUUUCUGGAAGAAGCCAAGUGGUUCAAUAAUGGAUAUGUGCCAAGUUAUAAGGCAUAUUUGGAUAAUGGAGUGAUUUCUGCUGGAUCAUGCAUGGCAUUGGUGCAUGCUGCUUUCUUCAUUGGUGAUGGUCUCUCAAAGGAAACCAUUUCCAUGAUGAAACCAUAUCCUAGACUCUUCACUUGCUCCGGAGAAAUUCUCCGACUAUGGGAUGAUUUAGGAACUUCAACGGAGGAACAAGAAAGAGGGGAUAAUGCUAGCAGCAUACAAUGCUUCAUGAGAGAAAAUAAUAUUGUAGAUGAAAAUGAAGGAAGGAAACACAUAAGGUUGCUAAUAGGGAACUUGUGGCGAGAACUCAAUGGUCUUGCCAUGACCAAAACCUUGCCCUUAUCUGUUGUUAAAGCUUCUCUUAACAUGGCUAGAACUGCUCAAGUUAUUUAUCAACAUGGAGAUGAUAAAAGCACUUUUACUGUUGAUGAUUAUGUGCAAACAUUGAUCUUCACAUCAUUACCUGCUAGCCAUUAA